AUGGCCGCUAUCUUGGUCAACGACCCCUACUGCAAUGUCGACACCAGCUCGGUUGAUCGCCAAGGAGUGACGAAGGCUAUGAAGACUCUUCUUCAAUCAGCUGCUUUGAACAAUGAUAUCGUCUCACUUGGGGCAGACAGCGAGUACAAAAUGCUGGAAUCGGCAUACUCCUGCGUGUCCACGCAGUGCGCAGCAGGUGUCUCGCUCACGCAUGCUGACGCAAGCUGUGCUGCUUUGAGGCAGUUGGCCGAUCUGAGCGACGAGGGGAUGGCGAAGCUGAAGCCAACCGCAAGGUUGAGCCCAAAGGUGAAGAGGGCAUUGGUUCUUGUUUCCGAUUCGAGCACGGCGCUGUGCAAAAAGAAUCGUCGCGGGCUGUUUGUCAAGUCCGACUUGGAUCAAGAAGUGAACCUUGCCAGUUUCACCUUGGGUUGGUCGCAGACUCGCUAUACAAUGUGCUGGAGUAAAACCCUAGCAUGGAUCGUUUGGCAGGUCGAGGAACACAUUCGCGAACUCCGCGCCAACUUUCCCGGCCUCAUCAUCGAUGUCAUCUGUUGGUGGUGUGGGAAUGAGAUCUCCGGUCAGUCGGGCUGCACCCCGACCAGACUUGGUCCGGGCCUUGCCUAUCGCGACCCGAAUGUGACCACGGAGAAUGUCGCCAAGAAGGUACGGCCCUCUGCGGAUGUGUUAUAG